AUGGCAGGGAGAGAAAUUGUUUACACAGUUCAUAAAUUCGAAGCAGAAAAUAUUGACGAAAUUUCUAUUAAUGUGGGAGAACAAGUCAUUGUGUUGGAGAAGGAUGAAGGUUACAAUGACGGUUGGUGGCAGGGUCGUAAUAUAAGAGGCGAGACAGGUUUAUUUCCAAUUAGCUACACCGUAAAGCAACCACCACGUACCUUACUUGACAAGAUUGAUUCUGUCGAAAGCAGCAUAUCCAAAAUCAAGCCCAGUCAGCAGAAAUCUUUUGCGGUAGACUCACCAGUAAAUGAAUGGACAUCAGAACAAGUUGCAGCCUGGCUCAUUCACGCUGGAUUCGAUAAAGAACUAGCAGAAAAUUUUAAAGAUCAGGAAAUAAGCGGAGACAUUUUAUUAGAAUUGACGCUGGAUUCGUUGAAAGAGCUUUCAGUGACAACAUUUGGUAAACGCUUCAAAAUACACAGUGCCAUUAAUGUGUUACGUCAAGAAUCAAAAAAACAACAAUAUGCUGAAGCACGGGUUCAAUCACCUAUUCCAGAAAACCCUAUCUCGGUCAUUUACAACAGUAAUAAGCAAACUUCCUAUGUUGACGAUGAUUUAGUAUCCGAUUAUAGCACCGUCAUUCGAAACUCCAAAUUGCCUUCUCAAAAGUUGUUAGCAAGGCCAUCCAUUCCAUUAGAUAUGGACCUUAUUGCUUCAUCGCCUCGAUUAUCCACCUUGGUAGAACGUCAGGGUUCGAUCAGUAACACACACACCGAUAAACCUGUGCGACCGCCACAACAACAGCAGCAUCAACCACCGCAAAAACAACAAUCUUCUACAUCCAGCCGAUAUAGCUUUAUGCGGAGCUCGUUGCUACCAAACAAUAACAAACUCCAGUCCGUGAUACCCUCAGCGACUAUGGUACGACGUUCCGAAGAUGUGGUUUCUUUAGCCGAAGUAUCCGUAUCGCCGGAUAUGGAAGGCUGGUUGUAUAAACAAGGUGAUAAAUAUAAGACUUGGAAUAAACGAUGGUUUGUGCUGAAGUCCAACAAUCUAUUCUAUUUUAAAAGCCCAAAGGCUGUGCGCAUGAAGGGAAUUAUCAAUUUAAAGGGUUAUCGUAUUGAAGUGGACGAAUCUAUUCAUCCAGGAAAAUAUUGCUUCAAGGCACAUCAUGGAAAGGAACGUACGUUUUAUUUUUUUACCGAACAUGAAAAAGCCAUGAAAGAUUGGUUAAAAGCCCUUAUGAAGGCCACUAUUGCACGCGAUUUUGCUACUCCAGUUAUGUCGUCUAGUACCAUCCCUACCAUUUCAUUAGAAAUGGCUCGUAAAAUGAGACCUCGACCUCCUUCCACCUUAUUUAAUUUCAAAGACACCAGUCGAUCACCUACCCCUAAUUAUCGUAUCCAGAACAACUUGGAUCAGCAGUUCUCUAAUAUGGCUCUAGAAGACGGAUCAUCCCGAGCACCUUCAUCUAUGAGCACACGACUCAAAGAUUCAGGUUUUAAUAGCUCACACGGCGCGAAUCUCAGUCGAUCCAUCACAGAAAGUAGCGGCAGUUCCACUCGUAAAAGUCAACAUGCUCCAUCCACCAUUGCCAGUCCUAGCAGUAGGAUAUUUUAUCCCGAUGAAGAAGAUGAGGAUUUGAUUGACCCUGAACAUAUGAGUGUGAUUGAAGUGAAUCGAUAUGGUGGAGAUUUAUACCCGCAUGAGGAAGAAGAAGUGGAUGUGGACCAUGCUGCGACAAGUAUGCUAAAGAAACAACAGCGGUAUUUGGAUUGGAUUAAUAGCAAUGUUCAGAUAUCACAUCAUGUGCAGAGAAUUACGGAUCUGUGUACUGGUGAGACAUUAUUAGACUUGUUGGAAAGUUUGAGCGGUAAAGAAAUUAUGCGACCAAUCGCAAACCCUUCACAAUCAUCCAAUGUCCAAAGUAUGGAUCGUAUCAUUGCAGCAUUCAAGUUCAUGACGGUAGAAGGCGUUGAAUUUGACGGUGCAUGUACUGUGCGAGACAUUUUAAACGGAAAUGGAGAUAAAACCAUGUAUAUGUUAGACUCGAUUAAAUAUUGGAGCCAGAAUAACCCGGUCGUGAAUGGCAAAAAGAUGGCCAGUGGAGGUACAUUCGGUGAAGACGAACAAUCAAAAUUAAGAGAAUUAGAAGAAGAAUGUGAGAAUAUUCUUCCACCCAACACAUUUGCAUCCCGUUAA